AUAAGAGAAGAAGAAACGGUGGUCUGGGAAGUUUUUUCACCUUCCUUCUUGAAAAUCCUCACUUUCCGCUCAAAGCAAACACAAAGCUCACACUCACGCAUCUCCCCUCCUUGCGCCGCCCGACCGUCGCUGCCCCACCUCACCCCACCGUCGCCGUCACCGUCACCGUCACCGUCACGCCGCUUCCAGAAACCAGAAAAAUGCAGUGGAUGUGAAAUUAUGCUUAUAAGGAUUGACGGAUUAAAGUUUACAAGUUGAUUACAAGUUGUGAAGUUGCUUAGAUGCUUACAAAUUACUGAUUACAGAUGUCUCUAAGAAAAGCUCCACUUCCUCGUAUACUUAUCAACAAUGCAUCCUGCAUGCGUAACGCCCAACAAAUCUUGCGUCAUGUCAAUGUAUCAAUUCAUGAUGGAGGGGCACUUGUGCUGACGGGUAGCAACGGUUCAGGCAAAAGCACUCUCCUCCGCAUGUUAGCUGGCUUCUCCAAGCCUUCUGCUGGCGAGGUCCUUUGGAAUGGUCAUGACAUUACACAGUCAGGAGUAUUUCAUCAAUAUAAGCUCCAGCUAGGCUGGGUUUCUCUUAAAGAUGCUAUCAAGGAAAAAUUUACUGUCCUAGAAAAUAUCCAGUGGUUUGAACUUCUUGAAGGAAAAGAAGGAAGAUCACUUCCAGCAUUGGAGUUGAUGGGUCUGGGAAGAUUGGCAAAGGAAAAGGCAAGGAUGCUGUCAAUGGGUCAGCGAAAAAGGGUGCAACUUGCUAGGCUGUUGGCAAUUGAUAGGCCCAUUUGGCUGCUGGAUGAACCGUCUGUUGCCUUGGAUGAUGAUGGGGUAAAACUGUUGGAGUUUAUAAUUGCCGAGCAUCGAAAGAAGGGAGGAAUUGUGAUCGUAGCAACUCAUUUGCCUAUUGAGAUUGAAGAUGCUAUGUACUUGAGGUUGCCGCCUAGAUUUCCUAGACGGAUGACUUUGGUUGAUAUGCUGGAUCGCAGUGACAUUGCUUGAUUUCAUGAGACUGGUGAUUCAUUUCAAUUAGGUUUUUAUUAAGCUUAAACUCUUUCUCAAAGGUGAUGAUUUAGUUUUUGAUGAUGGAAAUUCCUUUUGCUGGGCCUUCCGAGGUCUUACUGUAAAGCACGUAGGAAAGGUCCAGAUCAUUGGAGUUUGUUCUUGUUCAUUGGGUUUUUGUUCCUGUAAUUUUUGGUAUUCUGCAUCCAUUAAUAAAGAAAAUAGUGUUAAUACUACAGUAGAAAGAUAUAAUUUUGUCUUAAUCUAUUUUUCCUAGCUGUG